AUGCAGAAUCAGAAUGAUUUGUUGAAGGAUGAAUCGGAAAUCGCUUCAUCGAUUUCGGAGAUUAAGUAUGAAGAAUGGGGAAAUUGUUCAACUUUGGAAGAUGAACCAUCUUUUCAAGAAGAAGAAUCUGCAAAAGUUCCUUAUGUUGGUGAUAAGGAACCUCUCUCUAGUUUAGCUGCAGAGUAUCAAUCUGGGAGUCCCAUUUUGCUGGAGAAGAUAAAGAUACUGGAGAAUCAAUAUACUGCAAUAAGGCGAACAAGAGGCGAUGGAAAUUGCUUCUUCCGAAGUUUUAUGUUCUCUUACCUUGAGCAUAUUUUGGAAUCACAAGAUCGUGCUGAAGUUGAUCGUAUCAAGGUCAAUGUUGAGAAAUGUAGAAAGACUCUGCAAAACUUAGGUUAUACAGAUUUUACAUUCGAGGACUUCUUUGCGUUGUUUCUUGAGCAAUUAGAUGAUAUUCUACAAGGAAGUGAGGAGUCUAUAAGCUAUGAGGAGCUGGUUAACAGAAGUAGAGAUCAGUCAGUCUCCGACUAUAUUGUAAUGUUCUUCAGGUUUGUUACUGCUGGUGAAAUACGAACACGUGCAGAAUUUUUCGAACCCUUUAUAACAGGAUUAUCAAACGCAACAGUGGAUCAGUUUUGCAAGUCAUCGGUUGAACCAAUGGGGGAAGAGAGUGACCAUAUCCACAUAACCGCGUUGUCGGACGCGCUUGGUGUUGCAAUACGGGUUAUGUAUCUUGACCGUAGCUCAUGUGAUAACGGAGGCGUCACUGUGAACCAUCAUGACUUUGUUCCUGCGGGCACAAAUGAGAAAGAAGAAGCUUCUGCACCUUUUAUAACCUUGCUAUAUCGUCCAGGCCAUUACGAUAUCCUCUACCCAAAGUCAUCUUGUAAGGUACCGGACAAUGUCGGAAAAUGA